CGCAAUCAUAGCUUUUCUAAAUAAUGGGGAACGCCUACCUUUACCUUUUGCCAAUGAUGUAAGAAUGCUUUUCUCGAGGGUGAAUGAGGAAAAAGAAUUUAGUUUGGUUCCAAUCAACCAUUGUGGGAAGGACCAGGCUUACCUCUAGAUAUGGCAGAGUCUUUGAAAGGCGUUGGAUUGAUGAUCUUCUCCACGUCACUGGGCAGGUGGGUUCAAGUCUUCGCUGACUUCCGUCUGGGAACUGAAUUGUCGAAGUUUACUAAGCUGGCAAGCAAAGCUGCAUUGGAGGGAAAAGCACUAUUCCAGACAGACGCUCACGAUCUAUCCAAACUUGUAGAGCUUGUACCAAGCGCCGAGCUUGACGAAGAUGAUCCUGCAUUUAAAAUUCUUCCGCGAACGCUGCCGUCUAAUUCAUCGCGGAGAAUACACGUUUAUGGUCGGGACAGCCCGAGGAUAUUUAUACCUAUAAAAGUGGUGUCUAAAUGGUUUCCAGAACUCAAUUAUCCCAGCGGGCAACGAAUAUCUGUCAAAAUCGAAGGGAAGACGGCAAAAACAGCAGACGAGGUGAAAAUUUUAGUGAGACUUGACAGUAGCGAUGUCGGUCAGAAUCAAGGGAUUUGGUAUAAUAUUCUGAGUUAUACCAGAAGUCAAAAACUACAAAAGAGAUGUGGAAUUACAUCCAACGAAGGCAGAGAGCUAGCAAUUAGUUUGAUUGAAUAUCUACGACCGAUAUCGUACAAAUCGUCAAGCCGAUUCUCUUGUUCCUGUAUUUACAUUUUGCGUCAUUCAGAACGGGACCGCUCCCUUUUCCUUUUUUUUUACUCAAGGCGGUGUAUGUUGCUAAUUGCUAGUCUUUUUCAAGACCUACAUGUCAUGCAACUGCAUCGUAGUUCUUCUUCUAGACUGAUGGAAGCUACUCAUGGAACAUCUGAAAAAAAACGCGAGAUUUUACUUGACCUUGUAAUUAUAUUUCCGAUUAUCAUAUAUACUUUUUUUUAAGAUGAUGUUUGGAUGUGCAGCUUCAGAUACUACUUUGCAGGCGAGACGAAAUAAGAUUUUCGAAAAAAAGAGAAAUAGUGUUUUGAACAUUUAUUUUGUUGGACUGGCGUGAAAGCGCACGCGUCCCCGCACAAGAGGAAAUUUACUUGCGGGGUUUGAGGAGAUAGUUCACGAAUUCGCAUGGAAAAAUAGAGAUAUUCAGCUUAAGAUGAAAAGUUGAUAGGGAGCCUUAUUUUACUCUAUAGAAAUGGGAUAUCAAGGGGUGAAGGCUAAAAGUUGUUCACCAAUAGCGUAAGCGAGGGAAAGCAAGUGCUACCAAUGUUUUUGUGCGUCUUACUUGCUCC